AUGCAAAGAAUGAAGCAACUCCUCCUAUAUCUCUGCCUCAUAGGCACAUCUUGGGCUGUGCGGUUGCGGAAACCCCGCAAGGCAGGAUUUGGAAGUAAGAGUGAAGAAAUGAUGCAAUUUGGUCCAUAUGGCUACCUAAACUCACCUCAAUUGACUCAGUUGGCAGCUUCCUUGUAUGGCUAUCGCUCAGGUUUCCCACAGAUGGUCCCUCAGCAGCCUGCAUUUCCCCUUCAGAGGUUUUACCUCUGGCCACAGCAGAUGCCAGUUCACCAGUCUGCCCGGCCGCCCCAACAGAAGCCUCCCCAAACUCCAGUGUCCAAGAAGGCAAACAGCAGGCCACAGCAAAAGCCACGGUUGGCACCACAGCAACCAAGAUAUCAACAGCCACAACCCAAAACACAUCUGCCAGCUAAACAGCCUCCAGUUGCUACUCAACCUUUCCAGCCUCAGCCACAAGUGCCCGUUCAGCCACCCAAGGGAGAGAAACCACAACAGCCACAGGCAUUCCCUCCACAUACGCAACAGCCCUGGCAAUUUCCACAGAUUUUUAGUCAUGGAGCCUUCCAGCCACAACUGUUCAACCCAUAUCAAGGACGUAUGCCAUUUGGACGGCCACCCAACAGUGAAGAAGGGACUCCCUAUUUUGGACCUGGCUACCAAGGGAUGGGCGGUCGGCCUCCAUAUUAUUCUGAAGAGAUGUUUGAACAAGAAGACAAAGAACCAACCAAAGAGAGCCCAGCAACUGAUCCAGUGACCAAUUCAACUGAUACAAACUCAACCAUAUCUAAUCCAGCCAGCCAAGCAGGGAAUGGUACCAUAUCUGGACUUGGUGAAAAAGCCAUUGGAGCCAAUUCUCCAGGCCUUCAAAAUAAUCUGGUUAGUGGGAAUGCAGCCUCAACACCUUUGCCCACUACUAAGGCAUCAGAAGGAAAUGGAGUGGCACCGAAUGUCCUUGAACAAUUAAGGCAUAGGUCUAAGGUUCCAAAUGGUGAUGUCAUUCAGAGUUUUCCUUCAGGUAGACAGCACUCCACAAUGCAAAUUUCUAAUAUCUAUAGACCACACGAACAUAUGGAAAAUACAAAGCAGAAUUUGAUUUCUAGAGGGAACCCCUCAAUACAAACUGAAGACCCAACAUAUCCCAUGGGUAAUGAUUGGAACCCUAAUCACAGAAGUAAUAUUCAAAACACAAAUGUCAACCAUCCCUCAACAAACACAAGACACAUCCCAUAUGGGCAACAAGAGCAACCUCAUUACCCUGAGAGGAAUCCAUACAGUCAAAUAGAUAGAGUGCCUUUCCCUAGCUCAGAUCCUGUGGGCCAGUGGAAUAAAGAUCCAAUCUACAGAGACAAUGAUCCAAAAAAUUCUCCACCUGAAGGCCAUCCCCUGGAUCCACAGUUUAAAACAAUGAGAAUUGAUAACAUUUAUAAUGAAAGACAGGAUAGUGAAAGAUUCCAGCCUUCUGGAAUGCACCAAUCAAAUACAUUGUCUCAUCAGGGAGUAAAUUCAGCCACAAGAAGAACUCCAUUUGAAAUAGAAACCCAUCAGCAUGAUUGGAGGGAGCAGCCCUUUAAGCAUAUUGAUCAGAAAAGAGAACAAUUUCUGCCUGAACAGACCCCUACAUGGAGUAAUCGGGAGGAUUCACGUUUGUUCCAAGAGGCUCCUCCAAGACACCGCUCAAUGUAUUCAUCUGGUUCUUUCAACCAGAGGGAAAUGCCUUCAUAUUCAGGAAAGAAAUCCUAUGAUCAAUAUACCCAUCCCUUCCUUCCCAGAGCAUGGGAGGACAGAGAAAACUCUCCCACAAUUAGUCCAUCAGACCAAAGGGAAAGUCCACCAUAUUCUCCAGCUUCACCUUCAGAUCAGAUACAAAGGAAAAUCUACUACAGAAGAAUACAGCCAGAGUAUGAACCAUAUCCCAGGCAAGAUCCAUGGACUCGUGAACACUUGCUUGAUCUUGACAAGCAGUACAAUAAUUCUCCAUACAACCCAGCUCAUCACCAGACAUAUCCAAAAUAUGCUACAGAAAAUCCACCUAGUGAAAUAAGUAAUUUACCUUAUCAGAAAAUUAACCAGUGGACCCAAGAAGAACAUUCUCCCAUUCAAAGUGCAGGACACUUGAGGCAAGUUGAAAAUGUCCCAUAUCACACCAACAGUAUGUUUGAACAAGGAGAAAGGAAAUUCCAGAAUGUAAGGUCAAGCUCUCCACAACAAAGCAACACUUUCCAAGAAGAAGCACAAUAUGCUGAAAGAAACACAUGGUUCCCCCAAAGAGUGGAUCCAUCUGCUCAGAAAGAAACUGGACCCUACUUUAAUAUCUAUUCCACAGACUUCAGAGGAAACCCAACACAUGUUGAAGACAGAGAGAGAAUCAUACAUGUGAAUGCACCCAUUUCCACUGAGAAUGCUCCAGGAAGAAGGCAUUAUCUGGACAGAAUGGGAUAUUCAGAUGACUAUCCAAAAGAACGCAGAAUGAUUACCUCACAAUCGACAACUAACCAGUUGUGCUGUGCAGAUGACUCUCCAGUACGAAGAGAAAACAGACUGGCACCACUAAGGAGUGCUCCUCAAUUCAGACAUGUUCUAUGGGAACCAAAGGAAAGCUCAACCUAUCCAGAUGACAGCCAUUCAAACUAUGUGCGGUAUGCCCACUCCCCAGCUGGUAUUCAAGGUAAUAAUCCUCUGAAGAAUGGGGGGAGAGAACGAGAAGAACUGGGUACAUUCAGAGUGGAAAAUGCAGGCUCAGAAAAUAGUCCACCAUGCUCUAACUCACACUUAAGCCAAGAUAGCAAACAAGAAGCCAAUUUCCAGAGAGGGUUAUUCCAAUUUAGGAACAUGCCAUGUCAUGGAAGCAACCUACGAGGAGACAGACACAAUCCUCUUGCAUAUCUUGUAGGAACAGGUCAGUCCAAAAGAGAGUUUGGAAAAGCAACUUUAAACUUUCUUCCUGAAAAAAUCCCACAGUCACAUGGGAUCCAAAGUGAAGCUCUUGUUAGUGAAGAUGAUGGGAAAGAAUAUGCAUCACUGGGAACCAAAAGGAUCCCGUGCUUUGGAAGUUGGUUAAAGCAGUAUUUAUCUAACACUGAGGCUCCAUCUGGUGAUCAACAGCAUGAUCCAUUUUAUGGAGAGAAUCUAGUCCCAACUGGAAAGCCAAAUAGUGUACCACCCAAGCCAGAACCAAUCUCCAGCAGCUUUCUAUCUAAUGGAGUAGAAGAGAAACCAUUGAAAAUCAAUGCUCCAGGAGAGGAAUGGGCUGAACAAGCUACUCAAAGUACCCCAGACUGCUUACUUUUCCAAAAGAAAUGAGACCCUGAGACAUGCUUCAGGAACUAAUAUUUGCGAAAAAUGGUGAUGGCAUCUUCCUUCAUUGUAUGGCUGUGGAAACAUAUGUAGAUAGUUGAUAUUUAUACAGGUCUUAAGCCAGCUAGUCUUCAGCUCAGGGAGCAUGAGUUGUCAUUAAAC